GCCUCCGCUUCCGGCUCGAGUCGCUCUCCCCGCGCCCGCCUUCGACAUGUCCGAGACCGCGCCCGCCGCGCCCGCCGCUCCGGCCCCCGCCGAGAAGACGCCCGUGAAGAAGAAGGCCCGCAAGUCCGCAGGCGCCGCCAAGCGCAAGGCGUCCGGGCCGCCGGUGUCCGAGCUCAUCACCAAGGCCGUAGCCGCCUCCAAAGAGCGCAGCGGCGUGUCCCUGGCCGCGCUCAAGAAGGCGCUGGCGGCCGCCGGCUACGACGUGGAGAAGAACAACAGCCGCAUCAAACUGGGCCUCAAGAGCCUGGUGAGCAAGGGCACUCUGGUGCAGACCAAGGGCACCGGCGCCUCGGGCUCGUUCAAGCUCAACAAGAAGGCGGCGUCCGGGGAGGCCAAGCCCAAAGCCAAGAAGGCGGGCGCGGCCAAGCCCAAGAAGGCUGCCGGGGCGGCCAAGAAACCCAAGAAGGCGACGGGGGCCAGCACCCCGAAGAAGAGCGCCAAGAAGACCCCAAAGAAGGCGAAGAAGCCCGCGGCGGCUGCAGGAGCCAAAAAGGCAAAGAGCCCGAAAAAAGCGAAAGCAGCCAAGGCCAAGAAGGCGCCUAAGAGCCCAGCGAAGGCCAAAGCCGUGAAACCCAAGGCGGCCAAGCCAAAGACCGCCAAGCCCAAGGCAGCCAAGCCAAAGAAGGCAGCUAAGAAGAAAUAAGUUUCUUUGGCCUACUGCUUAGAAGCUCAACACAACCCAAAGGCUCUUUUCAGAGCCACCCACAGACCUCAAGGAAAGAGCUGUUGCACUGUGUUCCUUUGGGGGCGUGGCCGGAGGGAGGACACCUCCUCGGUAGGGCGGUCCCUCGAGCACGGAGCGGCGUCUCUUGGCAAGGCUUAGUUGCGUGCACCCCCUAAAAACUUGUACGUGCGGGGGUGUCAGUAAAGGCCCCGGAAGCCUACCCACGACGCAAACUCGAGCUUAUUUCUCGAGUAGGCUGGUCAGUUGUAGAUUUCCCCCACACUGACGGCCAGGGUGAGAGUGAGAACAGAAGUCUGGGAAGCGUUAUUUCCCAGGCAUUUGCUAGUACAGGUACGUACGGUGUUUCACCUACUGACCGGCCCGGCGCAAUAGAGCAGGUUGCUAAUCAAUGAGGCGAGCUGGGAAGGACUAUGGGCUUCGGUCCAACGGCCACUUACUACCCCGCCUAAAGCCUGACGCAUCCUAACCGCCAGAUACCGACUGGUGCAGGCCCCAGAUUCCAAGCACGAAGCCAUACUAGCCAGCAGGGAGUGGUCUACACCUAUAAACCGAAAGCGAGGAUGUCCUCCGUAAAAGUUUCAGUGACUGAAAUCUACGGCGCAAGUUCUUUAACAGGCUUAUUUAUAGUAGCUUUAGGCAGCCUACUCUAAGCCUUCUGAUUGGCUCGAAGCUAAGUAAGGAAGCAGCCAAUGAAAAGCUAGACCUGCAAGUAUCUUUUACAUCCGCAUUUGUGACGACACACUAAAAUUAAUCCAAUCGCGGACGAAAUCUUACUAACCUCAUUUGAAUACCGCAUCUAUAAAUAAACGUGGCUUUGGUGCCGCGAGUUAUUUUCCCA